CAAACCUUUGAGGUAAUGCAGGCCGGGCAGCCUCCUUUAGCUCCCUCAUCGUCGCCCUGUGCCACUCCCGCUUGUCCUCGCCUUCCUCGUUCAUUCCUCCAUCAUGUCAUCCGGUCAUAAUUCCUCUUGCUUCUCUCCUUCUCUCCUCCUCCUCCUCCUCCUCACCCUCACCCUGCCCUUCCUUGGCGACUUGGUCUUGUUUGAUUUUUCUUCCCAAUUCAUAGCAAAUCCCUCCCCUCGAUCCUUCUGGACUGAAAUGCCACCUUUUGGUGGAUAAUUUGUUUCUUCGCUCCCAUGGUUACAUGCUUUCAAUCACUCAGCAGCUAUUUGUACCUUUUGGUACCGCCAUGCUCCUGCAACCAGUUUGAUCUUGAUCCUGCUUUGAUGUCCCUGCUCAACCUUCGCUACUUUUCCCUGCGCAACCUUCACUUUUGCUUUCCCAUCUUUACUGAAAGUGAUCGAAACCUUGUGUGUGUAUAUGUUUGCAUUUGUGUAAGCGAGAGGGCUUUUAAUGUUUUUGUCCUUGUGUGCUCGCUCUGCAACUAGCAGAGACAUGUUUCCGUUGCAUUGCUGUGGUUCUGACAGGAAUCUUGCAGUAUUGAGACAUGAUUCAGAACCUGUGGUCACUCUGUGCACUCGCUCGCCUU